GAAACAAGAGAUAAGACUAGUCUAUGGAUUUUCAUUUAGUGCUAACCUUCACCUUAUAAGGGUCAGUAACCUCAGUAUUGUUCUUGGAAGUGAAGAGACAUGGAGAAUGAAAGCAAUAAAGUUAAGCAAAAGCAGAAGCUAGAGGUAUCUGAUAUCCUCAGGGAAGCUGUUAUAAUCUAUUUCAGAAACCUCAACUUCAUCAUCUUCACCUUUUUCACUUCUCUUCCUCUCUUUUGUGUCAUGGUUUACUUUGAAACUUACCUCCAAGAAACCCUUCUUGAAACCUCUAAUAUUGUUAACCCACCACGUGCUCACUUUCAUUAUUAUUAUUAUGACUCCAUUUUUGACAGAUUCAAUAUGGAUUAUUUCCUCAAGUUGAUUCAACUUGGAUUCAUUUACAUGGUGCCUCUCUAUGUCUUAGAGGUUGGCUCUGCAGUUGUUACUAUAAAUUUGGCUUCAAAGCUACGUUCAGAAGAGAAAAAAAUGACUCUCAAGGACAUGUUUCAAAAAUCCCUUGACCCAUCAAACUUGAGAGGCUCAUUUCUCACUUCCAUCUAUGUUCUCUUGUUAACAACUAGUCACCAGCUUGGAUUACUGUGGAUAGUUUUAAAUUACCAUGUUUUCUUGAAGGACUUGAGUUGCUAUGUGAUAUUUGCAGUGAUUUGCAGCAUGGCAUUUUCAAAUAUCUUGAGGAUGUAUUUGGAAUGGAGUGCCGUGUGGAAUAUGAGUCUUGUGAUCUCAAUAUUGGAGGGGAUAUAUGGUAUUGAUGCAUUAGCACUUUCAGUUUAUUUCAGCAGAGGCUGUCGCAGAAGGGGGCUCUUUUUUAUGCUGAUUUUCUUUGCUUGGGGACAUCUUUUAAGGCUUUUGUGCCUCCAUAUUGGAGGCUAUGAACAAGGAAGUGAAAUUUUGAUACAAGUUGGCUUGUUCUGCAUGGUGAAUCCGCUGAAAUGGGUGGUCUGCAUGAUCUAUUUCCAUGAUUGCAAGGAGAGAAACUUGCAAAAGAAGACUGAUGAGGAAUUAGGCAAAGAUGUCAAGAGUGGUUCGUGAUUGAGAACUGGUUGCUGAGCACAAAAAUAAGAGAGUAAACUCGAGUUCAGAACUAGUGUUAAAGUGGCUAGUUGGUUAAGCAGCCUCUUUAAGAUGAUUAAACAAUAAAUGUUAUCAUGUACUGUAUUGUAAGUGUGUGAUUCUGAUAAGCUUAAUAGUUAACAAAAAUUUUGUUUCAUUGUGAUUAAUCAGUUUCGAUGCAAGAUGUCAAGCAGCUUAAGCAGCUUUUAUCAGCGCUUCCCGGGUGAAUGAAUGUAUAGAUUAUCCAAGUAAUAUGAACAAAAAGAUAUAAAUAAGAA